CCACCAUGACAGCGGGGUUAUAGAAACGAAUGGUUGCCUCCAAUGGCAGAGAGUAACGUUGUCAAGUUAUAUAUGCUUGUUUGACAAGGUCGAGGUAGCAGGAAAGACUGCUCAGACAUCCAAAGAUUCAAUUUCUUGUCUGUUUUCCAGGAAAAAUUUUCCAAAAAGUAUUUUAAAACAAUAGGGGCGGAAAAUAGAUAUAAAUUUGAUUGGAAAGAUUUGACUUCUAUGCUAUUCCCUCUUACUCUUAGCAAUCAACUAACCAAGGAGAAUGAAUAGAUAAAAGAAUCUCUCUCUCUCUCUCCAUCCCAAAAUAAAGAGUAGGAAAUAAUAAUAAUAAUAAAAGUCUAUCCAUUUCUUCUAAAUGUUUUUUGACAACUCAACCACUCUUUAUCGUUCGAUCAAUCCAGGAUUAUUAAGCAUCUAUGGAUUCGAGGAUGAUGCUCAUUUCUAAUCUGUAAAGAUUCAUCAUGAGCACCACAAAUGCUCCACCAUCAUCUUGACCACAGGAUCUAAAGACAUCAGCCAAUGGCUUAUUAGACCCUCUAAUUAAUCAAAAUACCUUUGCUCUCUCAAUAUAUUGCUAUUCCUUAACCAUUAAUCCACUUUGACAUAAUCCAAGACAAUAAUAUAAAUAUUUCUUUCUUGGUAAUUACAAAUAUAAAUAUAUAUUGUCUAUAUAAAUAUGUAUGUCAUUGUAUCAUGUAAGUAUAUUGGCUAGCAUAGCUCUUCCUCUGACAUAAACAAGGAUGGACAUCCUCUAUAUCAUCGUAACCUUCAUCUCAAUUUUUUUCAUCUUUAUCUUCCUACUUUUCUCUUUUCUCAUACUCAGAAUCUUCACAGGCAAGUCCAUCAAUAACCCAACAUAUCCACCCGUAAAAGGCACUGUUUUCGACCAGCUAUUCUACUUCAACAAACUCUAUGACUACCAAACCAGAGUUGCCUCCAAGUAUCCGACCUUUCGGCUCCUUGCCCCUGAACAAAGCGAAAUCUACACGACUGAUAUACGAAACAUCGAGCAUGUUUUGAAAACAAAAUUCGACAUGUAUUCGAAGGGUGAGUAUAAUCAAGACAUAGUGAGAGAUCUUUUUGGACAGGGAAUUUUUGCAGUUGAUGGAGAAAAGUGGAGGCACCAGAGGAAGCUUGCGAGUUUGGAGUUCUCGACCAGAGUUCUUAGAGACUUUAGCUGUUCCGUGUUUAGAAGAAAUGCUGCCAAACUGGUCAGAGUUGUUUCAGGCUUCUCUGUUGACGGUCGGGCUUUUGAUAUGCAAGAUUCACUUAUGCGGUGCACUUUGGAUUCCAUUUUCAAAGUUGGGUUUGGGGUGGAAUUGAAUUGCCUGGAGGGGUCAAGCAAAGAAGGAAGUGCAUUUAUGAAGGCAUUUGAUGAUUCAAAUGCUCUGGUGUAUUUUCGCUAUGCGGACCCAUUCUGGCAAUUGAAAAGGUUUUUCAACAUUGGUUCUGAAGCCUCCCUUCGAAAGAAUGUUAAAGUCAUUGAUGAUUUCGUGAGCCAACUUAUCAAGAGAAAGAGGAAACUGCUAGAAGUGAAGCAGGAUUAUGAUGACAAGGAGGACAUACUUUCAAGAUUUCUGAUGGAGAGCCAGAAGGAUCCAGAGAAAAUGAAUGAUCAAUAUCUUAGAGAUGUGAUUCUGAACUUUAUGAUUGCUGGCAAAGAUACAAGUGCAAAUACACUCUCUUGGUUUUUCUACAUGUUGUGCAAGAACCCCCUAAUACAAGAAAAAGUUGCACAAGAAGUGAGAGAUGUCUUUUGUGGUGAAGUGGAUGAAAAUAACAUCGACUGUUUCAUAGCAAAUAUGAGUGAUGCAAAUCUUGAGAAAAUGCAUUAUCUCCACGCAGCACUGACAGAAACCUUGAGGCUAUACCCUGCAGUACCUGUGGAUGGGAGAUGCGCAGAUGUAGAUGACAUUCUUCCUGAUGGCUUUAAAGUCAAAAGAGGUGAUGGAGUCUACUAUAUGGCCUAUGCCAUGGGCAGAAUGCCUCAUAUCUGGGGCGAAGAUGCAGAGGUUUUCCGACCUGAAAGAUGGCUCAACGAUGGAGUUUUUAAACCUGAAUCGCCAUUCAAAUUCAUAGCAUUUCAUGCCGGCCCUCGGAUAUGUCUUGGGAAGGACUUUGCUUACCGGCAGAUGAAGAUAGUAUCAACUGCCCUUCUUCAUUUCUUCCGCUUUAAAUUAGCCGAUGAAUCUAAAAUUGUAACUUACAGAACCAUGUUCACCCUUCACAUUGAUGGAGACCUCCCUCUGUGUGCAUUUUCAAGGAGAGCGGCUACAUAAGCUACAUAAAAAGUAUAAUUUACUUAUGCAAUGUAAAUGUGAAACUUUUAAAGAUUUCAAUAGGACUUUAACAUACAUAACAUACUCAUAUGUUCGUAAAAUAAGAUUUCAAUGACAAUCAUCAAUGACGUUGGAUGUUGAAUAAACUGAUGUGACAGAAAACAUAUAUUACAACUUAUUUUGCAUUAUCAAAA